CUUCCCGUCAUAAAUUCUAGCCCGUGACAGUUAUAAGCGACGUAGUUCGAGCAGCGAGACGAGCAAUUUACUCUGCGCCGACGAAGUAGGCUCUCGUUCUCUCGCGGGACUCUGUAUUUCUAGAUGGAUUAGCGAAGACGUACUUAGAGCGUCGCCUGCCACCUGCCAGUAUCUCCAUACCCUAUCAACAUUCCUUGGAACGUGCUUCUCACUCACACCGCACACUCUAUCCCUCACCUCGUAAAGAAACCUUCCCAGCUCUACGAAGCAGCCACGGACAUUUAGAAGAUUCAUUCAUCUUUUUGAUAAAUACUUCAAUUAUGGUAUCUCAGCUGAAAAGUGGCAGUUUCGUGUGAUGUAUAUCAUUGAGUGAGCGAUCGGUGCUACCUUCGCUUGGUGCGUACUUCAACCCCAUGCACUCUAGCCCACAAUCAAUGCUCUGCUAGCUACAGUAGAUGUGGACGUAUUAUAUCCAAGGAAGAGCUCGCAGAUAGCCGAAUCCUUUGUAACGCGUGAGUGCCGCGGUGAUUUUAUGACAUAAUAGCGAACAACAAUCUCGUCUGAUAAUUAAUGUCUAAUCAUCCCACGAUUUGUCUAAAUUCUUCGAGGAGAAAAAAACCCCACCGAAUCGUGCUUCCUGACUUGAUAAACUGAAUAGCACCCAUUAGAUUUUUUUAUGAUGGCAUUGGGUUGAUUGAGGGUUAAGUUCCAGUUUUGAAGGAAGAAACAGAUUCGAGACAUUUAAUCCUGAUUUAAAGGAACAAAAACAAAACUGUUGUCUUCAUCCAAAGUGUCUUCUUACACGGUAAUUAUCCUGCCUGACAUUCGCCGAGAUGCCUCGCUCUUUCCUUGUAAAGAAGACCAAAUUCUCAUCAUGUUCAGCGCUGUGCCCCCGGGGAUAUCGACCCUUACUAUCCAGCAACCCCAGGCAGCCCUACCAUGCCUCAUCAUGGUGUCAGCGUCACAGUCAACAAUGGGUACAUCCAUGACAUCACUCCAUCACCGUCAUCCCCUCCGACUGAGCCGUUGAUGAUCACCAACCUUCUCAACCAUCACCAUGAAGAACCACCGUCUCUACCAAGCUCACCAGAAACCGUUACAGACUCCACGUCUAGAGACUUUGACAUGGACAGCGGGAUCCUCAGUGUUCAGAGCAAAGGACAGCUUUUUCUGUCCUAUGAAGCAUUUUUGAUAACGGACGGACGAUCACGCCGUCGCGCGUUACAAAACGGUGGCAGCGGUGGGAUGAUCGGACCGGGUAUUGAUCAACAGCACGGCCAGAUAGAUGGAUCCUUAGCCGCCGUAGCCAACAGACCUAAAUACAAGUGCAAUGAGUGCGGGAAGCAGUACGCGACCUCUUCCAAUCUUUCAAGGCACAAGCAAACCCAUCGCAGCCUCGAUAGCCAUCUUGCCAAGAAGUGUGAGGUCUGUGGCAAGGUGUACGUCAGUAUGCCUGCCCUGGCCAUGCACGUGCUUACGCACAACCUGAAACACAAGUGCAAUGUCUGCCACAAGUCCUUCAGCCGUCCCUGGUUGCUCCAAGGCCACAUGCGUUCACAUACGGGCGAGAAGCCCUUCGGCUGUGCACACUGUGGCAAAGCAUUCGCCGACCGCUCCAACCUCCGCGCCCACAUGCAGACGCAUUCGGCUUACAAGAACUACAAGUGCAAGCGUUGCGACAAGUCGUUUGCCCUCAAGUCAUAUCUGAACAAACACUACGAAUCGGCCUGCUUCAAACUGGAUGGAGAGAUUAGAGACGACAUGAUGACGUGUACACCGUCGCCCCUGUCUGAUGCUGAAAAUAUAUCGGUCGAUGGAAACAUUUCUACGUGAUCAAAUUAGGAGAGAACAAUGGAACAAGCAAAUAAGUAUCUUACAAUCCAAUACGAACAAACGCCUUUUAUACGAAUACUAGAUUUUAUAAGAAAAUAUUUCAGUGAGGAGAUACAGCUUAGACAUGUUUGCUGACAUUAGCAUCGGUGAUGUAUCAAUGAGACAAAGUAUUUUUCAACAUUGAUCAAAUAAAUUGUUAUAUUUAUGAUGGUGCAAUUAAUAAUCAUUUUCUAUGGAAGGCAUUCAUAAUUCCAUUUUUUUCUGAAAUUUUUCAGUGUUACUAUUAUGUAUAAUUCGUGUUGUAAAUGUAAUUAUCUGGAAACUAACUUUCCGAUAGACGAGUAUGCAAGCAAUAAACAUAGUAGUUUGUAGACAACCAGGGGUUGUAUUAAGAGCAUUGUGCAAUAAAUAUUAUAUCAAUAGAAUAUGAAAUAAAUCAAUCAUCUCAGCAGAUAAUUGUAUGUAAAAAAUAUUUAAAAACGCAUCGCUUUCUUCAAAUACUGGAAUUUCGCUAAAAGAAGUUUAUAUACAUUUGAAUACCAAGCACUGCAAAAACAGAAUAGCGGUGUCAAAUGUGCACGACAUUUAAUACAAGCAGUUUACACCAGUGACAACAUUAAUGGUUGCGUCAACACUCAAUGGUGUUAUUAUUACGCACUGAUUGUGUUUGUCAUUUUAACACUACACUACUUGGUGUGUUUGUUUUUUCAAACUGCAUGGUGCAUGAAAACGUCCUAGGGUGUAGUCCUGUCAGGCACUAGGCUAGAUCUGGACGUUAGUAGUUAUUUGUUUGGAAAACCCUACACCCAUUCACCUCUAACAGUGUAAACACACCGUCUUUUCACUUCCUUUCACGAACAGGAAGUGAAAUGUCGGUGUGUGUGGGUGUGUGCACAGUGUGUGGGGUGAAUGUAAGUAGGGUAUUUCCAAACAAACAAAAAAUUAAUGUACUAACGUCCAGAUCUAGUCUAGUUAGACAUGGACUGUUGGCAUGGUUGGUACCUUUAACAUCGUAUUUCACAGUGUAUAAUACUAUGUGCUAAGCAGUCUUUUCUUGAUUUUAUUUAGGCCUAUUUAUGUCGCAUAUUUAAAAAGGGUAGCUCGCAGUUAAUUAAGAAAAUGUAUGACACAAAUCAAUAAGACGUU